AUCAGCUGUUGUGACGCCUUCCUAUACAAGAUACUGCGCGCUGUUCAUCAAAUUUAAGUUUGAAAUCGACCUCGUUUUCUAUGUUUAAAAUGUAACAUAUAAGAUUUUAAUCCCAAGUCUUUAGAAUAAUUGUAGCUGUAAUAAAGUAUAUUUAUGUUGUUGCAGUUAACAAAAACUGGUAAUUUGACUUUGAAUGAUAGCUUUCUAUCAGCCUAUCGGUUACUGCGAGGAAUAAUAUUCAAUCACUACCUGAUACGAUAUUUGACAAGGCUGUGUGUAUUAUAUAGUUUGACACGUAUAAAUGAAACAGUAUACUCGCUGCACUUACAUACAGUGCCGCAAAUUAAUAAGUUUCAAUAAACUAUUGGUUUAAAGAAUUGAUACGUACAUGUAAAAGCUGAUAGGACCAUAUCUGUAUUUCGCUAUCAAUAAUUUCAUUUUAGAUAACAGCCAACGACUUUCUACCAUCUAGAUGAAGACAAAAUGGAAAACAUUGAUAUUUUGUAUGGGUGGAUUUUCAAUAAUAAGCAUGUUUAGUCCAUCAAACUUUGUACGGGUUUAUCUAAGUCUAUAUCCAGCAUUGAAGAUUAAUUGCCACAAUAUAAUUGACGGUGACAAAGAAGAAAUUUCAAAAGCACUUCAAUACAUGAAAUAUAAUUCACCAAUCCGUCUUUUGGACAAAGACUUCAUUAAUAUAGCCACGAACUGUUCAAAUUUCUUAGAGACUUUCGGCUACAACAUGUAUCCUGUCACUGACGAGGAGAGAAAUUUUCCAAUUGCCUUCAGUAUUCUAACCUUCAAGGACGCAGAUCAGACUGAACGUUUGCUUCGAUCAAUUUAUCGUCCCCAGAACUUCUAUUGUAUGCAUAUAGAUAACAGUUCUUCGAGGUAUUUGCAUGAAGCAUUUCUAGUAAUUACUAGGUGUUUCAAAAAUGUUUUUAUUGCAUCAAAGACGGAAAACAUAAUUUAUAAACAUAUAUCUCGCCUUAAAGCAGAUAUUAACUGCAUGUCGGAUCUUUUGACGAAGUCACAAAAAUGGAAAUAUUUCAUAAAUUUACCUCAUCAACAAUUUCCCUUAAAGACAAACUUAGAAAUCGUGAAAAUAUUGAAAAUAUACAAUGGUGCUAAUGAUAUUGAAGGCAUUACGUCAUUUAAGCGGAUGGUAUCGGAGCGAUAUACGUACAGCUACACAAAUGUUAACGAAUCUAUGGUGCGUAUUGGACUAAAAAAUGAUACUAUGCCGUAUAAUGCAAGUAUUGUAAAGGGGAGUGCGUAUGGUGUUUUUAGUCGAAAAUUCGUUCAAUAUAUAGUAUUUGACCAAAGGGCUAAAGAUGUACUGGAAUAUAUGGAAGACAUCAUGAGUCCAGAUGAAUAUUAUUGGGCUUCUUUGAAUCAUAAUGAAAUUUUAAAAGCGCCAGGUCGAUUCACAGACAACCCUGAAAAGAAGUCUUGGCUAGCCGUUUAUGCUGCAUGGGAUGGGACAGAUCAGUGUCAAGGAAAAUUUGUCAGAGAUAUUUGUAUAUUUGGUGUUGGAGAUUUAAAAGAACUUGUAUUAAGGAAAGAGCUUUUUGCAAAUAAAUUUUAUCCUGAUUUUCAACACUUAGCUUUGGAAUGUUUAGAAGAGUAUGUCAAUAACAAAACACUUAAUCCAAUUCGAUUUGAUUCCUUUUAUUACAAACAAUUAUCCUUCAUAAGAAAGACUUGACAGAGACCAGUUCUAUUUCAAAUAAUUUGUUAUUAAACUUAUCUAUUUCUAAUAAAUAAACUUUUUUAAAUUU